GGGGGCGGGGGGCGGGCAGACUUCCUUGAAAACACCAGUAUUUGGGGGCCCACAGAGACGGGAGCUGAGUGGCAGGGACACUGAUGACAGGGCGGCCCCUCAGAAGCCAGAGGGAGAGUUUGGAGAGGAGGAGACGGUCAGCGGGAUGGCGUGCCUGAGAGCCUGAGGCGGUGAAGUCCAGGCUUGGGCAACACCAGGCUUUGGGGGACCCCUGAGAGCCAGCUGGGGGACACAGCUGGAGCCAGGCAGCUGAGGGUUCGGAAGGGAGAAGGCGAUGAGCAAGUGGAGGCUUCUCUGCCCAGAAACUGGGCGUUUGGAGGAAACAGAAACUGGAGAGAGGUCAGCGGAGGCCUGGCCCGAGGACAGAGAGAAGUCUCACCGGUGAGGAGAACUUCAGAUAUGAAGGGGAUCCUCAUGCUGGCUUGGCUCAUGGCUUGCAGUGUGCCCGCUGUGUCAGGCGGCUUGCUAGAACUGAAGUCCAUGAUUGAGAAGGUGACGGGGAAGAAUGCCCUGACGAACUAUGGCUUCUACGGCUGCUACUGUGGCUGGGGCGGUCGAGGGACUCCCAAGGAUAUUACUGACUGGUGCUGUUGGAUACAUGACCGCUGUUAUGGGCUGCUGGAGGAGAAAGGCUGUUACAUCCGGACACAGUACUACCAAUACAGUGUCUCACGGGGCCUGGUCACCUGUGAAACGGGGGCCCCCUGCCAGAUGAAGCUCUGCUCCUGUGACCGGAAGCUCGUCUACUGCCUGAAGAGAAACCUAAAGAGCUACAACCCUAGUUACCAAUACUAUCCCAACAUCUUCUGCACCUAGCGGCCCUCCGUGAGCGCCUCCAGACCAGGACUUUGCCCCCUUCCCCUGCCACACGGGACUCACCGGUUCUGCCGGGCUCCUGAGAGGGCUGCCAGGUCUUGCUCCUGGUUCUUUCCUGAUGGUCCACUGGGCUUGGAGGAGCCCCAGAGCCGCUCCUCACCCUCCAGAGAAUCCCCAGAGAGUGACUGGUCAUAGGACUUGACAAGGUCAAGGUCCCUGGCUCACUCCGAACGCCAGGCCCGUCGUCCUCGCCUCUGAAGAUAGUGCCCCGUCUCCAGGAAGAAGACUCUCCUGGGAUGCACUUCCUCUCCGGUUCCUGCCACCCUCUAGAGAACCUUACUCAACGAGAAGCUAAAUUGACUCCAUAAACCUGCCACGUGUUCAUUAAGUAGCGCUUCUCCUGACGACUAACAAAAGCCUCGCAGGCAUGUCCCUCUGCUGCGGGAGGGCCUCUGCCUCUCUCCCUGCCGCUGGGGCACUAAACGCAGAGUUUGCUGCAUUCUCUCAGAAACAGAAGGUGCAGAUCAGGAACUAGUAGAAGGUUUUCUGAGAUGAGUGUCAAGCCUUCUUUGGGGCUCAUCUUCUCAAAUCUUGGGGGGUCCCCUGGAGCCAAGCAUUGGGUCUCAUUUUUCCUUGAGGGGGUGGAGAGAAGGUGAUUGACAGUUACACCAGCCUGGGCUUCCAGGCCGGAGAGGGCCAUGUUCAAGUCCCAGCUACAUGGAUGCAAGAGAGAAACAUCAAUAGGCUGCCUCUUGCCCUACCCGGUUUGGUUCAGUGGAUAGAGCGUUGGCCUGCGGACUGAAGGGUCCCAGGAUCGAUUUCG